GUCACACUCAUACAAAGAUGAAGAGCUCACAUGAAAACAACAAACCCUCAGCAUUCUUCAAGUUUUGUUUGCCAUCAUCGACGCAAACUCGCCGUUUUAGCUAACAAUUCUCGCUAGACCCGUAAAGCAAUGCAAUUAAAUUAAAAAGUUUUUCUGCCGCUGCUGCUUUUCAACACACGCCCACAGUGAACAGAGCGAGCAAAACCGAGCCCCAGCGCCAGUAUGGAGGUGGAUAUGAUACAGAAGCCCGCACUGGCCGUUGAGCCGCCGGAUGCGAACUUCAAUCCAGAUCUAACGCCGGAAACCGGCGAACAGUAUUUGCAAAAGGUGAUGUACGAACGCGGCAAAUGUCCGGUGGUAGUUUGUGCUGAAAAACCACAAUCCCUUCAUCAACAGAAAACCCUCUCCGGACUGGCUGCCCUUCCAACGGACGAGGUGAAAAACGUCGCCCACCGUGCGCUUAUACCGACCCGCGAAUGGGAAACGAUGCAGAAUCAAAAGUUUGCCGAGCUUCGGGACACGAUCACCUCGUACCGCGGUAGCGCACAGUACAAGGAAAAUUUGCAGCGCACGCACGUAUUUCUGAACUUUGAAGAUCGGAAGCAUCUGCACGAGUACUGUGCCAACAAUCUGCCCUACGUGAGCAUACUGCUCAGCAUCCCGCAACGGAAUUUGGAAAUUUUGCUCGAGUAUUUGCACGAAUGGUUGCAGGAUUCGGAUCAAGCUUCGUCGGUCGCCUCGCAACAGCAGGACGAACCAUCCGAUCCGGAACUGUGCGACGUCGCGGCCGCACUGACACCGUCCGUUACGAGCAAGGAAGAGCUGCACCGUGGCGAUGGCUACCGGCGUGAUUGGAUACCGCAGUGGAUUUAUGCGAUACUGGCCUGUCUGAUAAAACCGCUCGAACCGUAUAUACACAGCGUGCUGCGGGACAUCGCCAAAACGUGUAUCGCGCUGCGCAACGAACUGAAGCAGGAGGAUGAAGCGAAGGUGCUGCCGCUCAAUCUAUUGAUUAGCAUUAUUUCGAAACACUUUAAUCAGUGCGAUUUGGGCGACAACAUUGCCUGAGGAGAUUUUGGGCCGAGGAGGAUGAUCGUGAUCGUUUUUAUUACACUUCUAUUUCUAUACAUAAAUCGAAUACUUAGCGAACCUUCCUGAAACGAAAAGGGAUUUGUACUCAACAACUCA